AUGGAAAGAUACAUUUCCCUUAUCUCUUCUGCUGGAGCGGCCGUUGCUACAGGGAUAUAUGGGAUUAUUGGGUUAUGGUUAUGGCGUCCAACCUUUGAAGAUCGUCCGCUUUUGCGGACGGAAGCGGUAAUCUGGGAACUUCAAAGAAUGUUGGCAUGGGCAGUCUGGUGUUUGACUGCUGCCGUAAUGCCUAAUGAAAAAUCAUCAUACAUAUUAGAUUAA